AUGACCAGCGUGAGCGUUCACAUGUGUUCUGCGCCGGGAAUCCAUUUGGUAGCGCCGCGGAUCCGCGUGACUUUUUGGUCCUUUGCACCCGUGGACGAUGAGGUGUGGCUUGACUCUUCCGGAUUAUCUGCACAGCACUCCCGGAACGUCGGGGUAAUCGGAGAGCCGGAGGUAGAAUCGGAAAUGUUAAAUGGAGAGACUCAAGUGAGACAAGGGGUACGAUGUUGGGCGCCAGAUCCUGGUGAAGAUGCUUUUGCUGGAUGGUUCCCACAUGGUCCGGCCAGCGGGCCGGGUUUAGGUCGUAUAGACCAAUCAACUUUAACGCAACCGGUGGAACUGCAGAAGAGCUGGAAUUUGGGAUACCGUUGUACUUCGUAUGACCAUCAUCUCCUCAGGAACAGCUAUUGCUGUGCAACGGCAGAACCUGCUAGUAGUACUUAA